AUGGCGAACAAGGCGGAGUCAGCUUCUCCUCCGGUCGGUUCCCCCGUGGCCACACAUUCUGGUGGCCAGUCUGAACCCCAAGCUGCGCCACCCCUCGAAGCUGAAGAGCCGAGUGAACAAGGGGACAAUGCCUCCGUAGGAGACGCGAGCGACACAUCAUUCAUCGCCGGGGCUUCUACAGACAAUUCGUAUGCCUCUCUACGUUCUAGCAUUCUCGGUUAUCGUCGCGAGAAUGGACGUACGUAUCACAGUCUCAGCGACGGCAAAUAUAUGGUGCCGAACGAUUCCCUGGAACAAGAGCGGCUUGAUAUUGUCAAUCACAUGUGGACGCUGAUAUGGGAUGGGAAGUUCUGUUUGUGCCCCAAAGAUGAGGGUGCUAAAAGGGUCCUUGAUAUCGGGACUGGAACUGGUGUUUGGGCCAUGGAUUAUGCCGACGCUCAUCCCGAAGCACAUGUAAUCGGUGCCGAUUUGAGCCCAAUCCAACCUUCAUUCGCCCCAGUUAACUGUAUCUUUGAGGUUGAUGACCUCGAGAAGGAGUGGACAUGGAGUGAGCCGUUCGAUUUCAUCUUUGCUCGCAGUAUGAUGGGAUCGUUCGCAGAUUGGCCGGCUGUUAUCGAACAGGCUUAUAAUAAUCUCGAGCCGGGCGGUUACUUUGAGAUCCACGACAUUAUCUACCCUCUGCUUUGCGACGAUGACACUGUCAACGAGGAUACACCAAUCUCGCGAUGGGCGCGCCUCAUGCUCGAAGCCUGCGAAAAGAUCGGCCGGUCCGUUACUAUAGGCCGCCAGUUUCCUCAGCUCCUUAGAGAGGCAGGUUUCGAGGAGGUCACGGAGACUAAAUGCAAGGCCCCGCUGUCCGACUGGCCGAAAGAUCCGAAGUGGAAGGAAGUUGGCUCGAUGGUCCAGGCCUCGUUGCUAUCCGGCCUUGAGGGUCUUUCCCUUGCGCUGUUUACACGAGUGUUAGACUGGACCCGUGCUGAAACUUUGGUUUUCUGUGCUCAGGUCAGGAAUGAUGUGAAGAACACGAACCUGCACGGAUACUAUGAUAGAAUGUCUGUGUACGGUCGCAAGCCAUUGCUCAAGAAAGAUUAG